AUGUCUCAAUUUUACGAUGAACUUGUUUCGCAAUUCGUCGAUAUUACAGGUGUUGAUAAUAACCAAGCUCGAGGGUACUUGGAGGCAGCUGCUUGGCAGUUACAGGCUGCACUUAUCAGUUUUUACGACAAGGAAAGUGAUGAAAAAUGGUCAAACGCUAAUGUAGAAGAAAAUGAAGUUGAAGAAAUAACCGAGUCAAGUACCACUUUUAAAGGUGCAAAACCCAAAAAAAAUCCUAAUGAAUCAUUAUCUAGAGGAAGCAACACCAACACCAGGUUUGCAACAAUCUCUAGUUUAAAAAAAGACACCAGUUCAGAUGAAGAAGAAGGUCAAGCAUUUUAUGCAGGAGGAUCAGAGCACAGUGGCCAACAAGUUUUAGGGCCUGGAAAAAAAAAAAAUAGCAUAGUAGCUAAAAUGUUUAAAUCUGCUCAAGAACAUGGAGCUGAAGUAAUUGAUGCUGAUAAAUAUGAUUCCCUAAAAAAACCGAGUACUUUCAGUGGAAUAGGAUACAGGCUUGGUCAGUCAAACAGUGAUUCAGAAGAAUCCUCCCAGAAUGCUUCGUCAAGUAGUAAUCACAAAGAGGUGAAUGUUACUCUUAAAAUGUGGCAUGAUGGAUUCAGCAUUGAUGAUGGACCUUUAAGACAAUAUUCUGAUCCAAGUACCAAAGAAUUUUUAUCUAUUGUCAGCCGAGGUGAAAUACCGGAUGAACUGCUUAAGGAAGCCAAGGGAAAUGAAGUUCACUUAAACAUGGAGGAUCAUAGUCAUGAAGACUAUGUUCCUGUAAAAGCCAAACUAAAAGCAUUCAGUGGAAAAGGUAGAAUUCUAGGAAGCCCUUCUCCUAAUGCUGUGGCUCCUCCAACUUCUGCUAAUGAACAAGACCGUUCAAUUAAUGAAGACAAAGCAAAAUCUAUACUAGAUGUCAAUACGUCAGAGCCAACAACCACCAUUCAAAUUCGCCUGGCGGAUGGUACGAAAUUGAUUGCUACUUUUAAUCAUACUCACACCGUGGCAGAGUUAAGGGAAUUCAUUAAAGUGUAUCCUUUUAUUGUUUUGCAUAAUCAAUCACGAAUUAAUCUUGUCAUACUUUUUGCAGCAAAAAACGUUUUAAAAAUACCAUCUGAGUUAGUUGUUUUUUUUUUAAAAACCAACGUGACCAAAAUGUUGAUUGAAAUUUUUGUGAACACAUUUACUCUCUGUUAA